GUUGUACAGCGCUCGCUCAGAGUUUAUAAACAAACAUUAAACGCAUACGCAGCACACACGGAAAAACCAACCAGUUGAACACCCGAGACCCUGCCCGCAAUCUAAUCACUGCGAGAGUCUCCGUGUUACGCAUCUGCAGCCGCAUCCGCCCCCGCACUGAAUCCUAAUCCGCAAUGCUAAAGAUCGCCGCCGAGGGAAUCGCGCCACGUCUGGCGGCCUGUUGCUCCAUUGGAGCGAAGAGCAGCAACCAAAGAAUGGCGCCCCAGGCGGCCAAGGGCACCCAGAAGUACCUGUCGCAGUCGCAGCACCUCCACAAGAAGCUAGUCAUCAAGGACCACUACGAGUUCGAUCAAAAGGUGAUCAACAGCGACAACCCGGUGAUCGUGAACUUCCACGCCGAGUGGUGCGACCCCUGCAAGAUACUCACGCCCAAGAUGCUCGAGUUGCUGGAGAACUCGAACGAGAUCGACCUGGCGGUCAUCGAUGUGGAGACGAACCUGGAACUCGUGGAGACCUUCGAGGUGAAGGCCGUGCCCGCUGUGCUGGCCUUCAGGAACGGCGUCGUGGUGGACAAGUUUAUUGGCCUGGUGGACGCCAACAGCAUCGAGACGCUAAUCGACAAACUGAAGCGGAAGCAACAACAAAAGCAGUAGAAGUAGUGAGCUGUAGCAGCGAUGCAAAGGUGGAUUAGAUCAGGGAUGCUAUGAUUUUACACUCGAAACGGGAGACUGGAACUGCGAUAUAUAGCCCAAUGUGGAGGCAGAAUUUGCGAUCAUCGAUGCUGAAAGAAUGUGCACAAAAUACCUUAAUAUGCAAUAAAACUAACUUUAAUUAUGGCUACUUUUAA